UCCCCUUGUUCCUGUGUCUCUCUCCCUCCCAGCGUUCAGUACAUUGACCUUCUGUCUGUUUUCUGACGAUCCUCUAAUGUGAAAGAGCUGAACGCUGACAAACGACAAUGUCUUGGGUCUUCUGGAAUUUUCUUUGCUUGUUUCUAAUACACUGUGUGAGUGCUGAAGUCUUCCUAAACACUCGAGAUGCCAGUCAGGUCCUGAGCCGGCGUCGGCGCGCCAACACCAUGUUUGAGGAGCUGAAGAAGGGAAACAUGGAGCGCGAGUGUAUUGAGGAGCGCUGCAGUUAUGAGGAGGCCAGAGAAAUCUUUGAGGAUGUUAAAAAGACGGAGGAGUUCUGGCACGUGUAUGUCGAUGGAGACGCGUGUUUGUCCCACCCGUGUCUCAACGGCGGCGAGUGUAAAGAUGCAGUCGGGCCGUACACGUGUUACUGUCAGCAAGGCUUUAGGGGCUACAACUGUGAGAUCGUUAUUCCUGCGCUCUGCGAGAGCGAAAACGGAGGCUGCGAUCAUUUCUGCAGGGUGGAGAAGAACAACGUGGCCUGUUCGUGCGCUAAAGGCUACCAGCUGGCCGCUAACGGGAAGUCGUGUCAGUCUCAAGAUCCUUUCAAAUGUGGCGCCGUUUAUCCUCCGAAGACCAGAAGCCUCUUAAGCACCUUACACAUCAACAACACCAAGAAUGAAGAAGAAGAGGAGACACAAGCCGAGACCACCGUCGAGCCUGUCGUAGUCACCACGAAACCUCCCGUCAACGAGAGCGGCAGCAUAUUCGGCUUAGUCGAGCAGGAGAGCGUGGAUCUGAUGGAGGAAGAACCCAUUCUGCCUGUAUCCUCUGGGGGAGGCCAAAGAAUCGUAAACGGUGUGGCUUGUUCUCCUGGAGAUUGUCCGUGGCAGGCUCUUCUCAUCAAUGAGGACAACAUCGGCUUCUGCGGCGGCACCAUCUUAAACGAGUACUUCGUCCUGUCGGCCGCUCACUGCAUGAACCAGUCGCUCUCCACCCGGGUGGUUGUAGGUGAGUACAACACGUUGGCCAACGAUGGUCAUGAGGCGACGCACGACGUGGACGAAAUUCUGAUUCACAAGAACUACGUUUCCGACACCUACCACAACGACAUCGCCCUCAUCAAGCUCAGCAAUCCCAUCAAAUUCACCAAAUUCAUCAUCCCCGCCUGCCUGCCGGAGCGCGAGUUCGCCGAGCGCGUGCUGAUGCUGCAGGAGGACGGUUUGGUGAGCGGCUUCGGGCGCGUGCGCGAGGGAGGCCUCCAGUCCACCAUCCUGCAGAAGCUGACGGUGCCGUACGUCGACCGCGCCAAAUGCAUCGAGUCCAGCAAGUUCAAAAUCUCCAACCGCAUGUUCUGCGCCGGAUACGACCAGGAGGAGAGGGACGCGUGUCAGGGCGACAGCGGCGGGCCGCACGUGACGCGCUACAAAAGCACCUGGUUCGUGACGGGCGUGGUGAGCUGGGGUGAAGGAUGCGCCCGGAAGGGCAAAUACGGCGUCUACACGCAGGUCUCCAAAUACAUCACGUGGAUCCAUAACGCCAUGUCCAAAGUCAUGCCGCAGAUGGAAGCGUCUAUAAAACCCAAAGCAAAGCGGGAGCUGCUUCAGAAGACGCCCGUACGAAGAGUCUGACGUCAGAGUGAAUUAACUGUCUUAAUUCAUGCUGAUUCAUCAAUGACAUUAUUCAUUCUGUUUGCCUUCAUAAUCUUUUACAUGCAUGUAAUGCUGGUGCAUUCAAGUCAUGUCGGAUAGAUCGUUCUUACGAGUUGAACGCCAAAGGAAACUCAAAACUUUCUUUAAUUCUUGAGCUAAGAGCAUGAGUGAGAGAACAUUUAGGAUGCAUUGGAUGUAGUACUGUUCUGUAUUGAUGGUAAAUCUGUUUAAAAGAAUUAAAUCUGAUAUACAGUAGUCAGUAUUUGAACUGGAUCAAAACCUUUCAUCAAAGUUGCCCUAAAACCAAAACAACACCUGUUCGUGUCUUUGGACAACUUUGAUUAACUUUUUUGAUCCACUUCAAAUGUGGACUACUGUAUUUUGUCAUUUAAAGCUGCAUAAAAUACUUUGACAUGACAAAAAUAUAUUACUAUUUGAAUAUUUAAAUUUACAGAACCAUCAUAAAUGGUAUAAAAAUAAUGAAAUUAUUGAUGUUUUAGAAGUAGAGAUAAAAAAAAACAUGGAUUUUAUUGACCAAAGUGACUUGAUCGCACCUGAUGUCAUAAUUAUGACUUGACUCGUAAAUACAAACUUUCCACGAGGACUUGAACGCACUAAAAAUUACUCCAGUUAUGAACAAUCUCAUCAAACCCUCAUUGAAAAAAUGAUGUUAUUUCUAGCUAAAUUAAUCAAACGGUUUGUCAAUGCUGUUGACUAUCGUCCAAAUGAGAUGUUUCAGUUUUAAUAAAGACGGCACAAUUGAUUUUUAAGCUUGUUCCUAUCAUAUUCGUAUCAUAUGAAAUCAAAAUCUGAUUAGGA